UGUUUUUUUCCUUUGCUUUGUUUCGGCGAACACUUGGAGGCUAUAAGUCAGAGGGACACAAACACCGGCUUUAUUCCUCUCUGCGCUGGUUCAGAGGGAGGACCUGCUCGUUCUCUGGUUUUUCUCGAAGUGAACACACACCACAAGGUAAAAAUGAGAUCGAUACCCUCGAGCAACUGGCUUCUGGCGGCGAUCGUGGUCACGGUUUUGAUCGUGGUUUGCACCCACAACGCCCCGGGCAACCAGUUCCCUCUCCCCACGCGGAAGAGUCUGGAAGCUCUCAUGGCCUCCGAUGACUCCUCGACGUCAUUGUCAUUGUCAACGUCAUCGCCACCGCCUGAGGAUGGAAUUUCUGCCAGAAUAAAUGAGCUUGAACAGCGGAUCAGAGUGGCAUACAACUACAUUUUCCUUCUGUAUUGUGCGGCAGAGGGGAGAGUGAUGCCCACAGGGGGGUAUUGUCUCAAUGAGCAAGACAUUCUAGACAAGUGGAAUCCUACGUGGGAUGGACAGAUGUGCAACUCGCUAGAGAAAGUGAUUCAACACCACGACGUUUUGGAUUUGGGGGCUGGAAGAGGCCACUAUGGUCGCUGCUUCUUGAGAGUCAAGGAGAACAUCAUCAAGACAAAGAACAAGGCUGAGAUCGAGCGUAUGGACAAAGAAUACGCUCGCGAAAUGGAAAGAGGUGGUCUAACGAAUAAACCUCAGGUGAUCAAGUCUUGGACAGGCUACGACGGCGCCCUGAACAUCGAAGAUAUCUCUGGCGGCUUCAUGCGAUAUGGGGAUCUGUCGCAGCCGAUGCACUUGGGCAGGAAAUACGACUGGGUGCUGAGUCUUGAGGUGGCUGAACACGUCCCCAAGAAGUACGAAGCUAAUUUUAUUGAGAAUUUGAUCAGGCACGCAUGCAAAGGCAUAAUCCUGAGCUGGGCCAUACCUGGUCAGCCCGGACAUCACCACGUCAAUAACAAGCCAAUGUCAUAUGUCAAAAAACUGUUUGAGUCACGUGGCUUCAUAUCAAACAGUACAGCCCAUAAUAUCCUGAGGCAACAUUCUCGUUUAUGGCAGUACAAACAUGCAUUCGUGUUUCUGGUACCCCCCGAGAGAGCCUGUUAAAGAAAAAUUUAAGCGGUUUGCUUCUUUAGAACAUCUAUCAGUGCACUCAUUAAUCUUUUUUUCAGAUCACAAAAUAUUUUUCACUUUGAAUCUGUUCUGAGAUACCUAAAUAGAAGAAACUUGAAGAUAAUAUUUUAACUAUGAUACUAUGGUUCUCUUUAACAUUUUAUGGGCCUCAGUUGGGUACAGUGGCGUAGAUAGAGGGGGGUCAGGGGGGGCGGAAAAAAACCCUCUAGAGCUAAACUGUCAUUUUGUCGGAAAAUUGCUAAUCUUGUCGGAAAAGAAUCAUGAAGAAACGAAAAUGCUUAUUAAUUUUUUGUCGGAAAAUCUGUAUUUCUCGCCCCCCCCCCCUAUAAAAUUUCCUAUCUACGCCACAGGUUGGGUAGUACUGUGCAGCACGGACAUCUUAUUUACAGUCAUGUCCAUUGUUAAAUUAUUUUCGUCACCUGAAGUUUGCUUUGGAAUCACUGCACACAGGAACUAAGCCCUUGUCCAGUCUUUUUUCCCAGUUUCCGUUAAAGUUAUUCACUAAUCUGUUUCGGAAACCAGUCACCAUUACCUCGAAAGUCAGAUAUUUCCCCACGUAUCAGAUUUUCCCUUACCGAUUUUUUUUCCUUUUUUUCGAGAUCGAGAUUUUCCGUUUUCUGUUUGUGAAAUGGGUAUGUUUGCAAGAAAGGCAGGUGUGUGCGUGUGUAUAAAGUAAAGUGCAGUCGUUUUCUUCUGCUAAACUGAAGAAAUGGAGGAAUGAGUACUGUUUGUUCAAGCAAUUGUUCAAGUUAUGUACUAGGUUCAUUCUUAGGAAAUUAUGAUAUGUCUACGCGUGCAACAAGCAGUAAGCCGGUCACAGCUGCUUUAAAACACUCCCAGGCGUCUUUGAAAUUUCUUUGCACUUUUCUGUAUCAAAGAAAGAAGUAUUAUGGGAUACUGAGGCCGAUUGCAACUUCUCUUCAACGCCUUACAGACUCCAUUUAACUUCACAUGUUACUUGGCACUCUCGUAACGAAACUGAAUCUCCAAACCUCAACUGUUUUUGUUUUGUUAUGUCUCUUUAUUAUGAAUUCAUUAAUUUGUAAUAAACAGUAUGUUGUA